GCAACGUCUGUUACUGCAUGUCGAAGCCGGGCUCAGGUGUUUCUUUCUGCAUGGGAAGUUCUUCUGCAGACAGUGGGGCCUUUGAAGGCAGGCGGCACGUGUUGUUUUGUGUGCCACGGGCCUAGCAUCCACUUGGCAAGGUGCCCUUUCUUAAGCAUCUGUGGGCUUCUUUAAAUUCCGUGAAAAUUUUGUGUGUAUUUACUUUUUCUGGGGCUGAGGGGCUCUAGCCAAACCCUCCCAAGGGCCCCUGUCUUCUCUAGUAGAUCAGGACCCACUGCUGGGUGUGCUCAGUGUUUUCUGAGUUAAUGAUGAUUAGUGAAUAGGUGACGUCUAGAGAUAAAACUUUAAGUCAGGUUACUGGCCGGACCAGGAAGGUGGGGGUUUCAGGCCCAGGCCAGUGGCCGGAGGCAGCUUUGUUAGGGGCAGGGAAGGGCCCUGGGACCAGCAGGGACCACGUCUGGCUUCGGGCCUUGUGCGAGGGUCUUGCAGAGGCCUGCUUGGCUUCUCUGGGGAGGGGCUGCUCCCCCUGUUACUUCCAUCUCUCUGCAACCCUUGUGACAUCAUACAGGCACAGCCAAUCUCUGCAAAGUUCUGUCUCUACCUCAGGCCCCUAUACAUUCUCUCUGAGCUGGCACUCAAGCACCGUGGGACCUUGGCUGGCUUCUGGGGAGCAAGAGAUCCAUUUAUGAAUACUUGAUUUCUGACUGCUGGGAAGCAUGGCUGAUGCUCCGAAGGAGGGAAGACUGACCCGGUUUCUGGACUUCACCCAGCUGAUGGACAUGGCAUCUGAAUCCGUAGGAGGAAAAAUUUUAUUUGCAACAGAUGACUUUUUUGCUCCUGCAGAAAACCUCAUAAAGAGUGACAGCCCGUGCUUCAAAGGGCAUGAAUAUACGGAGUUUGGGAAAUGGAUGGAUGGCUGGGAGACCAGGAGGAAAAGGAUUCCAGGUCACGACUGGUGUGUCCUCAGGCUGGGGAUACAAGGAGUCAUCCGGGGCUUCGAUGUGGACGUUUCUUACUUCACGGGAGAUUAUGCUCCUCGAGUGUCCAUUCAAGCAGCAAACUUGGAAGAAGAUAAACUACCAGAAAUCCCAGAAAGAGGAAUCAGGACAGGAGCUGCAGCCACUCCUGAGGAGUUUGAAGCCAUUGCUGAGCUAAAAUCCGACGACUGGAGUUACUUGGUUCCCAUGACUGCGCUUAAGCCAGGAAACCCUGCUUCCGGCCACAACUAUUUUCUUGUCAAUUCCCAGCAGAGAUGGACUCAUAUCAGACUCAACAUUUUCCCAGAUGGUGGAAUUGCACGACUUAGAGUAUUCGGUACUGGACAAAAAGACUGGACUGCAACUGACCCCAAAGAACCUGCAGACCUAGUGGCCAUCGCUUUUGGGGGUGUCUGUGUAGGAUUUAGUAACGCUAAGUUUGGGCAUCCAAACAAUAUAAUAGGAGUUGGCGGGGCAAAGUCUAUGGCGGAUGGUUGGGAAACUGCAAGAAGGCUGGACCGGCCACCAAUAUUAGAAAGUGAUGAGAAUGGCAUUCUCUUGGUUCGGGGUUGUGAAUGGGCAGUUUUCCGAUUGGCACAUCCUGGAGUAAUAACUCGAAUUGAAAUUGACACAAAAUAUUUUGAAGGCAAUGCUCCUGACAGCUGUAAAGUGGAUGGGUGCAUCCUGACAACUCAGGAAGAAGAAGACGUGAUCAAGCAAAAGUGGAUUCUCCCGGCCCACAAGUGGAAACCACUGCUUCCAGUGACCAAGGUUUGUGUGUUGUCUCCCAACCAAAGUCAUCUGUUCGAUAGCUUGACCCUAGAGCUCCAAGAUGUCAUCACUCACGCCAGGCUCACCAUCGUCCCCGACGGGGGAGUGAGCCGCCUUCGGCUCCGGGGUUUCCCCAGCUCCAUCUGCCUCCUGAGGCCCCGGGAGAAGCCCAUGAUGAAGUUCUCGGUGGGCUUCAAAGCAAACCCUUAACACACACAAAGCCCCGGUGUCGGACACACAGCAGUAAUUUCCCAGUCAUAGUCUUCUUUUCAAAUGUUUUGAACACCUGGUGAUUUAAUAAAGUGGUUGUCUCACAAA